AUGUGGUCCCUGUGGAUCCUGCUUUCCCUCGCCGGAUGCGUCUACAUGACGUACGUGGGCUAUCACAAGUGGGAGAACAACUCGGUGGUCAUUACGUACGCGACGCGAUCGCUGCACGUGUGGCAGAUUCCGUUCCCCGCCGUUACGAUCUGCCCGGUGACGAAGAGUCGCCGCGAGGCGUUCGACUUUGAGGGGACUUAUGAUGAACUUAAACGAGGUGGAGAGUUGAGGGAUGAUGAUAGCUAUGUCAUGUUUCGUGCCAUGCUUCACGUCUGCGCGAGCUCUGGAGCUGGUGUCAAGGCCGGACUCUCGGUGGUGUUGAAGACGCGGAAAUCCGACGUGGAACACGUCUGCAGAGGCGGUAUGGAUGGAUUCAAGGUACUACUACACUCACCGGAUGAGUUUCCGAUGGUCAGUGAGUUCUACAUGAGACUACCUCUGGGCAAGUCCGCUGCCAUGUUUUUGAAACCUCUGCUGACAAAGGUGGUUGGCAGUUUGGAGACGCGUGACUUUACCAGCGGACAGAUCGUAACGGCUGGGAAGGGAAUCGUCGAAAUGGGCAUGAACCUGGAUCCGUACGUGAUGACCAUGGGAUCCCGCUCCCACCGCUGUUGCGUUUGGACUGCUACUAAACAGCACGCCACGACGGACGCCACUAGCCACGUUAUCCACCAGAAUCUGAAAUUGGAGGUUAGCUCCGAUGGCUUCCUGCAUCAGCUCUGGACCGAGUACUGCAGUGGUAGCACCGUGUACGCCACGCGGCACCUCGUCAUGCGGAAGCUCCUCCCGGGUGAACGUGGCUGGUGGUUCGCCUGGAUUGGUGGCGUAAUCAUAGCUUGCGUGUUCGCCAACAUCAAAUCGCUACGCGAGUGGUCCGCCAGCCCCGUCGUGAUCAGUUACGAUACGGAGUUGGCUCCGAUCUGGGCGGUUCCGUUUCCGGCGGUCACGAUCUGCCCCCAGACCAAGACUAAGGUUGAGUACAUGAACAUCACGGAGUUGUACCUCGAGAUGUAUAAUGGAUUAGAGCUCUCGGAACAACAACAUCGCAUGCUGCGCGUCCUGAUGCAUGUGUGCCCCUACAUGGUAGCCUGGUAUGAAGCCCACGGAGCACUCAACGAAUACUGCGUGCCGAUCAUGAAAGCUAUGGCCCUUUCGCUGGACGACGUGUUCGCGACCUGCAAGUGGAGAAAUGAAGAGCUACCGUGUGAAUCGCUGUUCACUCAGUCCUUAACUGAUAACGGGAUUUGCUACACGUUCAACGCUGUCGACGCGUAUCAACUGUAUCGGACGUACAACCUGCACUAUGAUUACGAUUACUCCGACGCGUACAAUUAUUCUGGUGACUGGACGCUGCAGGAUGGCUAUCGAUUUGCCGAAGAUCUGGACAGUUAUCCGUACCGGACCUGUGGAACUGGAACUUCUUCCGGAUUGUACGUAGUGUUGAAAACGAGAAAAAUCGACGAUCAGAGUUUGUGUAAUGGCCCUCUAAGCGGAUUCAAAGUCGUUCUUCACUCGCCUGACGAUGUACCCUUAUUGAACACGUACUUCUAUCGACUGCCCCUUGCAUCAGUGCUGAAGCUACGACAGUGCUACUUCAACGGUGAGCGAUUUUUACGCUACUUUGCAAUCUACACCGAGUCAAACUGCAUUCACGAGUGUAUCGCCAACAUUACGAUGCGAGACUGUGGCUGCGCUAAGUUCUCGAUGCCGCGGGGCCCCAACGUGAAAGUUUGCGACGCUUCCAGCAUCGAUUGCUACGAAGAGUCGUUCUUCAAAAUCUACAACGUGACCGACACCCAGCAGGACGCUUGCGAGUGCUUGCCGGCUUGUGCGACCCUCCAGUACCAAGUUGAGCUGUCGCAGAUGGACUUUGACUUUGGGGCGCUGGCACAUGCAGCUGGGUAUAACGAAGGACAACUUGACUUUAUAACUCCUUCCAUCCUGAUCGUGUCCUAUCGCAGCAAGUGGACGCUUCCUUUGGUGCGCCGUGAGCUACUAGGUUGGAGCGACCUGCUGGCCAAGCUGGGCGGACUGUUCGGACUCAUGAUGGGAGCGAGCGUUAUCAGCCUGCUGGAGAUCUUCUACUAUUGCCUGAUCCGACCCUGGCGAAACGAGGACGCCGAUGACGCGCAGAGAUUCCGGCACGUCCUGCCGUGGCGACCUUGAAGCCCACACGUGGGUGUUACCAGCGUGUCAUGAUAUCAACUAAUAAUACCAAUUGUCCUGACCUUAUUGCUUAUCCUCACGCAAUUUGAUGAUUGUUAAUAAAUUAAAGCACUUGAAAA